UUAGCUUUGGAAGGUGCUAUCUGGUUUCUCACCACUAAGUCAGUUAAGUCUCUUGAUUUUCUCUGACCUGUUGAUUGUAUUAAGUGGAGUGUGAAGGCAAUAGAACAUAAAAUUUUACUGGACAUAUGUGGAUAAUGAAUGUCAGUCUUCUGCUUAUUGUUUUGUUAACAGAAUCACAAUUAGACAAAUCACAAACUAUAGAUGUCAUUCAACCAGAUCCUUUGGUAACAUCCCAGGUUGGGGACACAGUAACUCUACAGUGCUUCUAUGAGACAAAUGAUCCAGCUUAUUUGUCUUGGUACAAACAAUCAGGGGGAUGGAAACCUUGCCUCAUAUCCACAUUCUAUAAUUAUGAAGGACGUCCGAUUUUUUAUGAUGAGUUUAAAAGUGACUCCCGCCUCAGAGUGCAGGUUGGCACAGGAGAAAAUCACCUGAUCAUUUCAAACACACAGGAUUCUGAUUCAGCAGUGUAUUACUGUGGAGUAACAAUUAUAAAUGUGCUGCAUUUUGGAAAUGGAACACUUUUAUUAACAGGCAUAGAUUCAAAGAGCAGGACUGUGAUUCAGCAGCCUGUGUCUGACACAGUGCAGCCAGGAGACUCUGUGACCCUGCAGUGUACAAUAGAGACUGAGAGCUGUGCAGGAGAGCACAGUGUUUACUGGUUCAGACAUGGAUCAGGAGAAUCCCUUCCAGGAGUCAUUUACACCCAUGGGAACAGGAGUGAUGAGUGUGAGAAGAGCCCUGAGGCUGGCUCUCCUACACAGAGCUGUGUCUACAGCCUCCCCAAGAGGAACCUCAGCCUCUCUGAUGCUGGGACUUACUACUGUGCUGUGGCCAUGUGUGGGGAGAUCCUCUUUGGGAAUGGGACAGUUGUAAACUUUUCAGGAGAUACAAUUGCCCUCCUCUACAUCGUGUAUUUUCUGGGUUCCAUCUUGGCUGUUACUUUCAUCCUGUUUGUCAUUCUCCUUUACCUCAUAAGAAGACCCUGCCAGCAUUUUGAAGGACAAAAUGAAAAGCUGUCCACUGAAGAGAACCAUGAAGCUGAUAGACUGAACUAUGCUGCGUUGAAUUUCACUGGCAAGAUAAUCAAAGACAGGAAUAUGAGAGCAGUCAUGGAGAGAGAAACUUUAUACACAGAAGUGAGACAUGAAGUUACAGGCUAAAACAAUGCUAUACACUUUUACUGUGUUAAAACUGUGUUUUUAUAGGUUUCAUUUACAAAUAAAUAAUAAUGAAAUAUUAACUGAAAUAGAUUUUUUUUUAAAAUGGAAAUUCUGGUUUUAUUGGUGUCAAAGAUGAAAAUGGAUGGAUGGAUGGAUGGAUAGUAAUUUCUGUUCAAAAUGGAUUAAGACAGAUGACAGUGGUAAUUUACAUAUUUUGUAUUUUAGAAUCAAUAAAAUAAGAUUUUAUAUUUUUUUUUUAAUCCCUCCAUGCAUAACAUUUAUAUAAGAAAUUGUGUUCUUUAAUGUAGAGGAAACAUCCUGUCACAAAAGUUGAAUAAAGUAAAAGUAACAUGAAUAAAACUUGCAACAUAAUAUCUGAAAUAAGAACUACUUACCAAAAUAAUGAGUUAAAAGAACAAACUUAUACGAAUAUAAUGACAUAAGGGAUUGGGGAUAAAUAUGCAUAAAAUAAUCUUUAAAUUAAUGUACAGGACAGGACAGGAAUACGUGGUGGAUGUUGUGUACAUAUAUAAUACUGUAUAAUAGCAUUGUUUCGUUCAUCAGCUGGGUCUACAGCGAUUCACUGUGUACAGCUGUGCUUCAGAAACAAUUAAAUUGUAUCAAUGGUACAAUGUGUGCUGUGCUGUGAAUCGAUUAAAAAUAAUAACAGCAAUUAAUUUGCAAUCAUAAAAAUGUACAAUUAAAUCCCUAAGUUAAUGUUGAAUUAAGACAAAGUGGAGUAUAUGGGUUAUUCUUACAAUUUCAUUACCAUGACAUGUACAUUUUGUGUCAUUUUUAAAAUUGAAAACAUAAAUUUUACCCCCUUGUAACCAUUUUUUUUUCCUAGAAGUGGAUGUUGAGAAAUGUUGAAUCUUGAAUCUGU